AUGAAGCCUAUAAAGUACCUGUUGGGGUCUGCUGCAGAUAUCGGCCUCUUGGCACUCCCUUCCCCUCCGGGUCCCAAAGAGUGGCCAGUGAUAGGAAAUGCCUUGGACAUGCCCAUCUCGCACCACUGGCUCACAUUUGGACGAUGGGCCGAUACCUAUAGGGAUCUUGUAUCCGUCACUCCAUUCGGGCAAACAAUCGUGAUCAUCAAUUCCUACACACUCAUCACAGAGAUGCUCGAGAAAAAGAGUGCCAUAUACUCCGAUUGCCGCCAGCUCUUUGUUAGCGGCAAACUGAUCACGCCGUUGCAUGUCGAGGCUCCUACGCGAGGCAGAGCAUGGUGA